AUGAUACGGUCACUCCGUCCAUUGCUGUCUCAUCAAUCAGCAUGUUCGCUAAUUUCUUCCACUCAAACACCAUCAACGUUAACUUCAUGGAACCAGUCUGCGGCACUUCAUAAUUUCCCGAAUAUAGGCACCAAAAUCAUCUGUGUUGGACGGAAUUACAAGAGUCUUGGUAAUCUUGCAUUUAAGGAUCAUGCAAUUGAACUGGGCAAUCCGUUGCCCAAGAAACCGUUACUGUUUGCAAAAACACUGAACAGUUACGUACGUGAGGGUGAACCAAUUGUCACACCUCGAGGCUGUGAAAAACUUCAUCAAGAAGUUGAACUGGGCGUUGUAAUCGGGAAACGUGCAAAAAACGUGAAACGCGAUCGGGUGUUCGAUUACAUUGGUGGUUACACGGUGGCGUUGGAUAUGACUGCUAGAGAUUUCCAGGAUGAAGCAAAAGCCGCUGCAUCGCCCUGGUAUCUAGCGAAAUCUUUUGACACGUCAUGCGCAGUCAGUAAACUCAUUGUAACGUCACAAAUUCCUGAUCCACAUAACGAAGAACUGUUUUGUCGUAUAAAUGGCGAAGAGAAGCAGCGUUGUAGAACGGAUAAGAUGAUCUUCAGCAUCCCGGUGCUGAUUGAAUAUAUAACCGAAUUGAUUACUUUGGAGAAAGGCGACUUGGUGUUGACCGGAACACCGAAAGGUGUUUGCCGUGUACAGCCGGGUGAUGCAAUUGAAUUCGGUUUAGAGGGUAAAAUCAAGUGCACAUUCUUCGUACAAUGA